GGCGCUGACAAAACAGCUGUUUUCUCAGCUUGCAACAACAAAAUUGCAUAUCAAAACAUUUUACUUCCUCAUGCAGUUCAAACAAUAUUUUCUUUAUAUUAGAAGUAAUGAAAAAGACGUUGAGUAUUUUUGCUAGAGUUUGUCAAACGCAUAUAACGGAUAAAAGGAAUUUGACUAGAACUUUCAGUAUAAACAUAGCAAGGCAUAUGACGUCAGUGAAUCAUACAGCAGAAACUUCAGAAAAACCAUCACUCCAUUCAUCUGCAUCGCAGCCAAUUUUGAAACAGCUUGGGGUUCCAUCUAAAAUGCGCUCCAAUCCUGCUUUUAAAAAAAUAGAUACUAGUGAAUUCCAAAGCAUUCUCACAGAUGAACUGCGAGCAUUGAUCGACAUUUUCAAGCGGUAUAAUUAUGAGCUACGCAUUGCAGGCGGAGCAGUGCGCGAUAUUGUUAUGGGAAUAAAACCAAAAGACAUCGAUUUAGCUACUACAGCAACACCAGAUCAGAUGAAAGAAAUGUUUACCAAAGAAGAGGUGCGCAUGAUUAACGCGAAGGGUGAGAAACAUGGCACGAUAACACCUCGCAUAAACAAUAAGGAGAAUUUCGAGGUGACCACAUUACGUAUUGAUGUACGCACCGAUGGCCGACAUGCUGAAGUACAAUUUACAACUGACUGGCAGUUUGAUGCGAAUAGGCGCGAUCUUACUAUAAAUUCCAUGUUUCUCGGCUUUGAUGGCACACUAUACGACUACUUUUAUGGUUAUGAUGAUUUGCAACAACGGCGCGUCGUAUUUGUUGGCGAUGCAGAUGUGCGCAUUAAAGAAGAUUAUUUGCGUAUUUUACGUUACUUUCGCUUCUAUGGUCGUAUAGCACGCGAACCCUCUAAACAUGAUGUUGAAACUUUAAAAGCUAUCCGUGAAAAUGUUGAUGGCUUGGCGCGCAUUAGCGGCGAGCGUAUAUGGGCGGAAUUGCAAAAGAUUGUGAUAGGAAAUUUCGGUUGCGAGUUGGUACAAGAAAUGAUUGCAUGUGGUUUUGCGCCCUAUUGCGGGUUGCCAGCUGAGCCUAACAUUGAUGAGUUUAAACGGCUCUACUCUGAUUUGGCAAAUUAUUCUUCCGCUCAAUUACCGAUAUUAUAUAUGUGUGCAUUACUGCAUACGCCUGAGGAUGCUAUGCAGUUGCAUCAGCGACUCAAAUUGUCAGCACAUGAACGUGAUUUGGCGCUAUUCAUCACACAGAAUCGGCAAAAGGUGGGAGUGGAUUUUAUUACGCUGCGUGAUUAUCAACGACUUUGCUUGCAACCGUAUGCUAAACGUGAGUUUGUUGAAGAGUUGCUGAAAUAUACAAACCAGACAGACCGUUACAAGAAUCUAAAGGCAUGGCAAACACCACGCUUUCCACUCAGUGGCAGCAUGCUCAAGGAACGCGGCUUACCAGCAGACAAACGUAUGGGUGCCAUCAUGACAAUGCUCCGCUCAAUAUGGAUCGAAAGUAAUUUUUCAACAAGUGGUGAAGAAUUGUUAGGGCAACACCUACCAAAAGUGCUAGAAAAGAUAGAAUCCCCGCCUAAUACGCCGAACAAGAAACGUAAAUCGCAAUAAACUUGAAAUUGAAAUAAUGCCAUUACUGAAAACAAUAUAUUUUAUGAAGAUUUAUCUACUACAAA